AUGUUGUUGCCAAAGGGCGGAGUCACCUGGAAGUCAGCCAGAGCCCGGUUACCACCGUGGCGGGCAGUCCUGGUUCUGCUUACUAGGACGCGAUUCCUCGUCACCAUCGCCGUGACGGGUCUGGUUAUCCUGCUGUGGCGCGGCGUCAGCAAGUCCGCGUCGGAGAUGCAAAAUUUCUACUGCUAUGGCUCGAGCAAGUCGCCGAUGGAGAUGUCCCUUAAUGAGAUGGUCGAGUGGAACGCCCACUCGCAGACCCCUGUUCUCUUCAACCAUCACCAACCCUACGAAGUGAAUAGCACCUCUAUCGCCGAGGUCAACCUGAACCCUAUCAAGUCCUCCAUCCAGGCCGUCUUUAACCGCGAGCGUGUUCUCAUUCUCACCCCCCUCCGCGACGCCGCCCCCUACCUCGAGAAAUAUUUCGACCUCCUUUAUAAAUUGACCUACCCGCACGACCUGAUCGAUCUGGCUUUCCUGGUUGGCGAUUGCAAGGAUGACACUCUGGCCAACCUUGCGUCCGAGCUGAACCGUAUCCAGAACCACGCCGAUGAGAAAAUUCGCUUCCGCAGCGCUACCGUUGUCCGCAAGGACUUCGGCGCCGAUGUCGAGAUGAACGUUGCAGAGCGACACUUGUUUGCUGCUCAGGGCCCUCGUCGCAAGGCUAUUGGUCGUGCCCGCAACUACCUGCUCUACUCCGCUCUCAAGGCCGACCACUCCUGGGUCUACUGGCGCGAUGUCGAUAUUUGGGACUGCCCUGAGCGCAUUUUGGAGGAUUUCAUGGCCCACGACAAGGAUAUUCUGGUGCCCAACAUCUGGUUCCACCGUUAUCGCGAUGGCCGUGAUAUCGAGGGUCGCUUCGAUUAUAACUCGUGGAUCGAAUCCGACAAGGCCAUGCGCUUGAAGCAGACCCUUGACCCCGACGUCGUUUUGGCCGAGGGCUACAAAGAGUACGACACCGGCCGCACAUACCUGGUUAGCAUGGGAGACUGGCGCAAGAACAAGGACGAGGAGGUCGAGCUUGACGGCAUUGGCGGCGUCAACAUCCUCGUCAAGGCCGAUGUGCACCGCUCCGGUAUCAACUUCCCCUCCUAUGCUUUCGAGAACCAGGCCGAGACCGAGGGUUUCGCCAAGAUGGCCAAGCGCGCCGGCUACCAGGUGGUUGGCCUGCCCAACUACGUGGUCUGGCACAUCGACACGGACGAGAAGCCCGGCAACCUGGGAGACCGCAAGGCGUACUAG